CAUGCGCUAAGCUUCCAAACUAGGUGAGACUUUUCUCGCGCGCCCUUUGCCCUUAUCCACCACCACCAACGUCGCCUACCACCCGUUCUAGCCAUCGACACAGGCUUCCUGCGCCCCCAACAGCGUCUUUCACCACCUCCUACGUGGAUCUGCCUGUUGGACCAAGCGCAACGGCUCUGGACGCCACCCUCAUCUCUCAACACGCUUUCUACACUACCCUCACCUUGUCAAUCACGCUAUCUACACUCUCUAACCACCCAUGUCGCGACCAUCAGCGAGGAGGAUCACAGGGCUGUCGAAGGCAACCAUAAAACAUGGUUUUCGACGCUCUGUGCGAACGAUUGAUGUACUGAAGGCAGGACAACAAACCCGACGAAUGGAACAUGUGAACGCCAAGCGGCAAUCAUGUAUACAAGAGAUGUCAGCUGAAGAUCGUGCGGCUGUCGAGACUAUGCUCAUCGAUUAUGACACGGAUAUUGAGUCUAUACCAUACACUGCUCCCCCGGGCGAGGAGGGAGCCGAGUUUAGCCACGAGGGCGGAGAGUACGAGGUGUUCCAGGGGCUAGCUCAGCAGAUGGCAGACCUCUCUGGAUUCCACUACGUUGAUCCACGUACACGUGGGGACCGCAUUAAUGUUCAGAAUGCAAACUGGGAUCUUCAGAUGGAAGGCCUGGUCAGGGCUUAUCUGGACUAUCGCAUGCGAGAUAAUGGCGACGGCAUGCCAAGUGUUUUGAGCGAUGAUGACACUCUACGUGAUGAUGCUGACACUCUGAUCCUGCAGAAUAUCGAGCUGGUCGACAUUUUUAGCCGAAAAUUCGCAUCGCUGCAACCCCUUGCCUCCCACAGGUUUCCGAAUGAAAGCCUUAUAUAUCAUGGUUACCUUGGCUGUUCUCCGCUGCACCCGACUGUCGCCAUUUCUCUCCGCACGCUUGCGGCUUAUCGACAGUCUCACAGGACUUGCCCCCGGUUUAGUGUUCAAGCGCAGUGCAAGGCCCUGUGCCACCUCCACGAUAUCCCUUACCAACCAUAUCUAAAUACGCAAUUCUCGGACGCAUAUGAUGUUUACCUUGAGAUCUUGCAUCGGGUAGACUCCCUCAUCAAAGCAGCACUGAAGCGCGAUACACAAGAUUGGCGCCUUCUCAACUCGUGUCCCUGUUGCUGUUACAAACUAGAUGACGAAGACAACAUGACUUUUGAGUGGCUUGCCACCAUCGACGGUAACAAUAGCUUGAAAAGAUGGUCGUCUUCUAUUUACGGCACAUCUCCAAGGGAUGAUUCGCGGACUCGACGUUCUGACUACUGGCUCCAUCGCGCGAACGUUGACCAAUUCCAACUUAAUGGCGCUCAACCUCAUGAACAAGAUCCCACUGAUGACUGGGAGGAUGUGGUACAGUCCGACUCGGCACCAUUCAACUGCGUUGACCGCUGGCGAAAUGCUGGUCCGGAAGCACGUAAACGCAUGUUUUCAGUUUUCGAUGAAUCUGGCAUUUUUAUUGCGGCCUGUCGCCACCGGUUCAUUCUUUUAGUGUGUGAUAUGGUCAAAAGUGGCGAACUCUCAAAAUACCCGCUCGCUAUUUUAGAUCAUCUGCUCAAUGUCUACGGGAAGAAUGGUGGCGUUGCAUACGAUAUUGGAUGCGCAUUUUCCAAGACGCUGGAAAAUAGCUGCCUUGGACCCCGAGCUCGUGAACUCAAUUUACGACUGAUGGUCGGAGCUUUCCAUGGCCAUGCUCACAACCGACGGUGUCAAAUUGACUGGCAUCCGAUGUACAUAGAAGGUACUGGCCACACCGAGGGAGAAGGCUGUGAACACGUUUUUUCAUCAUCAAAUGAGCUUGCGCGCAGCACUCGCCACGCUACUCCAUUUCACCGGCAUCAAACGAUCGAGCAACACUUUGCCUUUUGGGACGAUGACAAGUACGCAGCGCUUAGUACAUUUUUACAGAAUCAUUACCGAGAGGCACUCACUGCCAUUCAAACUCUCACCGGCGAACUUUCCUCACUGGAAGGUGUCCUCAAUCUCACACACGCCGACUUCAUUCGUUUUCACAAGGAAGAGCGCUCAUACCUCGACGGCCUGAAGGAACCCCCUGUCAAGGAUCGUGUCAGUGUUCGAUAUGUUCAAGCUCUUGAUGAAGUUGUCGUCCGCCAAAAGGAAUGGAACACAGCACGAGAAGCCGCCAAUCGGGCACUUGUGGAUAUUCAUGUCGGUGGCUAUCAGGAAAUGCACACUGCCAUCAAUCAAGCCUGGAUCCGAGUUGACGGAUCAUAUUCGAAGCUUCAAAAUGCGGAAGCGAUGGCUUCGCAUUUAGAGAUUCAACUUGGGAUUGAUAAGCGAUGGGAGAUCGACAGCAAACCCUACCGUCAAUUUCGCCAAGAAGCUUCACUUUUGACUUACCGCACAGCACUCGAUGACUUAGAACGACUUGUCGUGAUGCGUCUAUUUGAGUUGUCGAAACUCUCGCUUUCAGGCACGGGCUACAAACUACGUCAACAAAUUAGCAAGGCUCUACAACGUCGAUCACAGGCAAUUCGGAACGCACUUAGCCGGUUCAAUCUGCAGGCUGCUGCUCUUGUACCUCCGCGUCCACAGCUCACUUGGAAAGAUAUAGUGGAGUACAGCUUUCUGGGCGAGUUCGAUCUUUUGCGCCAGUCUCGUUCUGACAUUCGCACCCUGGACUGGACCAAACCUGCGCAUCGCGAAGCUACGGUAAAGUACUUCAAACUUCAACGUGCCCGUGAAGAGAUUCAACGCUUGAAUAUUGAAAUUCGUCGGUUGCGUACAGCCAUACAUGAUGAGGAACUCACUGUGAAUGCCACCAUCAAUUCCCUUCUCGUAUCCAACAAACCUGUUGGACUUGAACUGCAACGUCAAUGGCGCAGUCGCGCUGCCAUCAAUGCAGCGCAUUUGUUUAGAUUAGAUCGAAUCAUGUCGCAGGCAGGCUUUUCAGGCAAAAGAGGCCUCGGAACUCGACUCAACGGCACAUCUAGCCAUGAACCUGAGCGGAUGAUGGCGACUUCGACAAUUUCAACAACUGACGAACAAAGUGGUGGAGAUAAUCUUGAGCAUGAGGAGCAAGAACAGAAUGUAGAAGAUUUCGCUGAUUUUUUGGCAUCCGUUGUAGAGUAAAUGUUGCGUCAAAAAUACAAUAGUAGUGUUGAUAUUGGAAUUCGAG